GACAUAGGACUCGACCCAGCCUGAGGCCACCCCCUGCGCAAUCUGUAACCAGAGCUCCGCUUCGUUUCCAUCUACGAUAGCCAGUGGGUUGGUUCCAUUGCAGCCCGAGCCGCUGCGUCCCGACGGGCGUAAACCUACGAGGCUUCUCACCCCGAUACCGCCGUUAUCAGUCUCAUCCCGACCCCCUGCGUAUACUUUCCUCUUCCUUCCCGUUCUCUUCGUCGUCGUCUGGGCUCCGGCGCUCCGAUCAUCUCUGGUCAAACAUGGUGUUUAAGCAUAACAAACUGCCUUUCACUUAUGUUGACCCUAACCAGCUGGCCUAUGAAGACCUGAGACAAUUGGAUUAUGAUGGACAAGUUGCUUCUUUUGAGGAAAUUUCUUCAUCAAGGGGAAUUCCUCAAAAGUCACUAACUUCAGAUGGAGAAAGGGAGAAAGUCUUCACCAAAACUCAAGCCACCGAAACUCAAGAAGAUGAAUUGAGGCCCGGAAGUGAUUCCAGUACUUUUAUCUCAGUUGUCACAAACAAGGAGUAUGAGAACAGAAAUGCUGAUUCUGCAAAUGAUACCUCUGAAAGUGCUCUUGGAGAUACCUCCAGCAUGUCAUGGGUGACUGGCAGCACCAGUGAAGUUAUCAGGUCAGAGCAUAGCAAACGGCCUAUGUGUGAUAAUGGAGCUUACCAAGUUGAAAACAAACGCCAAAAACAAACAGACCCAAAUAAGCAAUUGGAUUCUUUUGCAGUAAUUCCUUUUAGUUCCUGCAAGGAACUACCUACUUCAGCUGCUGCUGACAGGGAAUUAGAGAAUGAAGAGGCUGCUGCUGUUCCCAAGGAUCCUGCUAAUAAGGAAACCAGCAAACAACUGCCAUGGAUUAUAUGCAGUAGAAGUGAAGAAGAAACAAAUUUGGACUCAGGUGUUAGUGUCCAUUUCUUUCCUAGUUGUUUCGAAGAAUACCAAAGUGCAAAUGGAUUCCAUCAAGUGGAAGAGAUGUAUUCACCCCUUUUUGAUCACCCUUAUCGAAAGCUUGUUGCUGUUGGACCAAAUCAUCAAGCUGAUAUUCCACAGUGGAGGUCACGAGAAUUUAAAAAUUCUUUUGGGGAUUCAGAUGAUUGUGUUUCAGUACCUUUGACCUCUAUGACGAGUUCAUCAGUUCAUCAUAUGAUAGAUGAAGAUGAUAGCAAUAAAUGGGUUGGAACUUGUGUGAUGCCAAUGCCCGAUUCUGACUCUUUGGCUUCAGAAGUAAGGGCUGUGCACUGUAAGACAGAUUGUAGCUGCCUGGAUGAGGGUUCCAUCCGAUGUGUGAGACAGCAUAUUACAGAAGCAAGAGAAAAGCUUAAGAGAAUGUUGGGAAAGCACAGGUUUGAAGAGUUAGGUUUAUACAACAUGGGUGAGGAUGCCACUAAGAAAUGGACCGAAGAGGAGGAACAGUUGUUCCAAGAAGUUGUCUUGUUGAAUCCUGCAUCAUUAUGUAAGAACUUUUGGGACCAUCUAUAUCAGGUUCUUCCCUCUCGAAGCAGUAAAGAGCUAAUCAGUUACUACUACAAUGUAUUCAUGCUUCGGAAGAGGGCUGAGCAGAACAGGUUGGACCCAUUGAAUGUGGAUAGUGACAAUGAUGAAUGGCAAGAAAGUGAUGAUGGUGAGUUUGCAACAAUGGAGGAGAAUGAAGAAGAUUCCGUAGUAUCUCUUGCAAAUCAAGGUGAUCUUGCUUGUAAUAAAGAUGGCCCUGAAGAAACAGACAUCAGUGAAGAUAUUGAUGAUGAAGAUGAGUGUGACGACUAUACCAUUGCCGAUAAUAAUGAGGAAGCGCUAUGUGGUGUUUCUGAAGGAUGCAUCAGUAAUAAAUCAAUUUUUUGUCCUACGGCACAGCUUAUUGACAAGAAAUUGCAGAAUGGUGUGGAGCAAGAUGUUCGCGGUGACUCAUGCAUGUCCUAUGAGGGGCAACACAAUGGGGCUGACUCCGGUGGUGGUGCAGCAGACAAUCUUGACACACAGCAUAGUCUGAUUAAGGAUCAUGAUCACCUGCUUGAGGAGUUCGGAAAUGAUGGUGGUAUAAGUGUUGUGACAGAUCAUGGGUUCUUUGAUGAUCAUUGUGACCCAAAAACAUGGGAUAUGAAUUAUACCCAUGGAGCAGAGAACGAUGACUUUUUGUCAACAUAUAAUGUGAUUGAAGAAGUGUUUGGGAAGGGAGCUUGGGAGAAUGAUGCAAAGGGCAAUCAUGGUGUUAUUCAGUCUUGACACCUGAGCAUAUUGUGCUAUCUGGUGAUGUAUCUCACCACAAUUAGCUUGGCUUAUUGCCUUACAGUCUGAAGUUUAUAUUGGUUAUACAUGCUGGUUGGUUCAGUAUAAUAAUCUUUCAGUGUACGUUAUGGAGGAAGAAUGACAGUUCUGCAUUGUAAAGGUAGUUUCAAAAUAUGAAGUUGGUUGUAAAUCCAUGAGGGUCGUAAAGAUUGCUUUCAUGGUUUAGGUCAUCUCAAUUUUGUUUUUUAUUAUUAUUUUUUUUUUAGGGCAACCUUCAUCAUGAUAACCUUGUCUAGGAAAGGAGGAAUAUGUUCUUUAAAACUUCACAAAAGUUUUACAAUCAUCUCUGUUAAAUUGAAGCUCAUUUACAGAAAUUUGUUAUUACCAAUUGCAUUACUGUUA